AUGUAUAGACAACCCCAUGUGUUUAUUUUUUUCUAUUGCUGUGUACAGAGAGAGGACGAUGUUGAGAACCAACUAAAUACCGAAACCCAACGACCGGUGUUUGGUGAAAUUGUGCCUGGUGUAAUCAGACAUGACGUUGUGUUACAUGAAGUCACCAAUGAACUCAACACGCAGACGACCAGCAGACGACAAGAACAGUUAGCUGAGUUCAGGAAACUACAAGAGCAGAGUCGUCUGCGAGAGCAGGCGCGGGAGCAGGAGGCGCGUCGUCAAGCUGAGGCGAGGCAGCGUGCAGUUGAGGACCAGCUGCGGGCUCUACGGCUUCAGGAGCAGGUUCAGCAACAGCAACAGCAACAACAACAACAACACCAGUACCAACAGCAACAGCAGAGAGGACGAGCUAGACAAAGACAAAAGAAAAAGCAGAAAAAAAGAGAUUAUACAGCGUCAAGAAGUCCCUCCACUCACCGUGCGGGAGUACCAGGGAAGACAAUAGACUUACAUAAUCUGUCAGUGCAUGACGCCAUGAUGGCUGUGAUCAGCUUCAUAAACAACAAAGAGCAAGAAUACAACGACAGCGAAUACCGGCGCGUUGACCGGUUUCUCUACGUCAUCACUGGUCGAGGGCGGCACAGCAAAGGUGGGAUACCAAAGAUCAAACCUGCAGUAGAAGGCUAUCUGCAGAAACACGAUUACACGCACACCUGGGACGAGCCUGGUGGCAUGGUCACCAUUGACCUACUUUCCAAGAGACACAAGUAAAAAUAGCUGUCACAAUUGACCUACUUUCCAAGACGCUCUAAUACAAAGAGCCAUCUCGGUUGACCUACUUUUAAACAGGCUAACCACAGAUGGACCUGAGCUGACCUAUUUUCAAAAGAAACGCUGCUACAGUUGUCUGCGACCGGUUGGCAUACUUUCAGUUGAUCUACUAAAAUAGCACCAGUGAAUACCCAAUGCUUAGAACAAUAUGACAUCAGCUUCAGCAGCUUUCGAAUAGGUCUUGUAAGUAGGUCACAACUUCUCGUUCUCGUACUAUGCAGCUAGUAGAUUUCGAGACCGUAGACUUACAAGCCCUAUUGCAGCCAGUCGAUUGAUACAGAAAGACCAAGAGAGGGGUGGAUGCAGGCAGGCAUUGCCACAGUAAGAUGACGGUACAAACAAUCGUCACUGUACCGAGCAGAGGCGUAGCGACCCUACCCGGCGCCCGGGGACAAACUUUUCGAUUUGC